ACAGUGCGCUAGCAGCAGCAGCGGCAGCAGCUAGCUAACCACCGCAUUUGACCCUGUGUGUGCCAUGAUGAAUUAGACAUCCGGGCUGUGUGUAUGGAAGAUGGCGACACUUAUCAUCCCUGGUGAAUGGAUCAAAAACUGGGAAAAAUCAGGAAAACACGAGUUCGUACAACUCUGCAAAGAACUUACAGAGAAAACAGAUCAUGGAAGUGAGAUCAGAGAUAUACAGGCGGCCUUGUAUGAGCUCUGCUGGCAAGUUGUACAAGGGAACCUGAAGUUGGAUCUUGUUGCCAGCGUCCUUGGGGACAUGAUGGAACUCCGGGAUGACAUGCCAUCAAUUUUAGCAGAUGUGUUCAGUAUACUAGAUUUAGAGACUGGUGCACUGGAAGAAAAGAACAAACGCGACCAUUACACACAACUGGUGGGAGCAUGUUUGUUUUUUGUUCCAGAGGCUAUUCUCAAAGAGAGGCUGGAUCCAGAAACCCUUGAAUCGCUUGGACUUAUAAAACAAGCCCCACAGUUCAAUCAGAAGAUUGUAAAAAUCAAGACUAAACUAUUUUACAAACAACAGAAGUUUAACUUACUAAGGGAGGAGAAUGAGGGCUACGCCAAACUAAUCACUGAGCUUGGCCAAGAUCUCUCAGGCAACAUCACCAGCCACCUUAUCCUGGAGAGCAUCAAGUCCCUCAUAGGAUGUUUCAACUUGGACCCUAAUCGUGUUUUGGACAUAAUCCUGGAGGUGUAUCAGAGUCGAUCUGACCAGGAUGAGUUCUUCCUUUCUCUCAUCAAGUCCUACAUGUGUGAGCCACUCACCCUUUGCCACAUCCUGGGCUUUAAAUUCAAAUUCUAUCAGGAGCCCAAUGAGGAAACCCCCAAGUCCCUUUACCACAUUGCUGCUGCUCUGCUUCACCAUAACCUGAUAGAGCUGGAAGAUCUCUAUGUACAUCUUAUGCCGCUAGAUGCCGCCAUAGUAGAGGAACACAAACGAGACAUCUCAGAGGCCAAGCAGAUUGCCCGCAAGCUGGUCAUGGUUGUGUUGCCCUCAGAGAAAAGUGAAGACAAAGAAAAGGACAAAGAGAAGGAUGAGGAGAAGAAUGAGAAGCCACCUGAUAACCAGAAGCUUGGUCUGUUGGAAGCCCUACUUAGAAUUGGAGACUGGCACCAUGCCCAGAGUAUUAUGGACCAGAUGCCUUCCUUCUAUGCUGCUUCUCACAAGGCCAUUGCACUGGCACUCUGCCAGCUUGUGCACCUGACUGUGGAGCCUCUUUACAGAAGGGCGGGUCUCCCAAAAGGAGCAAGGGGGUGUGUACUGCAUCCACUUAGGAACAAGCGGGCCCCUCGGCCUGCAGAGAGCUUUGAGGACCUACGCAGGGACACAUUCAGCAUGCUCAGCUACCUGGGCCCUCACCUCUCCCAUGACCCUAUCCUCUUCGCUAAGAUCGUUCGUCUGGGCAAGGCCUUCAUGAAAGAGCACCAAAAUGAAGGCAAAGCUGAUGUCAGAGAUAAAAUGGACACACUAUUGAGUUGUUUCCUGAGCAUUGCAGACCAGGUGCUACUCCCUUCUCUCUCGUUGAUGGAGUGUAAUGCUUGCAUGUCUGAGGAGUUGUGGGGUCUCUUCAAACUCUUUCCCUACCAGCACAGGUACCGGUUAUAUGGACAAUGGAAGAAUGAGACCUAUUCCAGCCAUCCACUGUUGGUCAAAGUCAAAGCUCAAACUGUGGAAAGAGCCAGAUAUAUUAUGAAGCGACUGACCAAAGAGAAUGUGAAACAGUCUGGAAGGCAGAUUGGCAAGCUGAGCCAUAGCAAUCCCACCAUCCUCUUUGACUAUAUGCUGUCUCAGAUCCAGUGGUACGACAACCUCAUCGUUCCAGUGGUGGACUCCUUAAAAUACCUCACAUCCCUCAACUAUGAUGUCUUGGCCUAUUGCAUCAUUGAGGCUCUGGCCAAUCCGGAGAAGGAGAAGAUGAAGCAUGACGACACCACCAUCUCAUCAUGGCUUCAGAGCCUUGCAAGUCUGUGUGGAGCUGUGUUCAGGAAAUACCCGAUUGAGCUGGCUGGUCUUCUUCAGUAUGUCACUAAUCAGCUAAAAGCAGGGAAGAGUUUUGACCUGUUGAUCCUGAAAGAGGUAGUGCAGAAAAUGGCUGGCAUUGAGAUCACAGAUGAGAUGACCUCAGAGCAGUUAGAGGCCAUGACCGGAGGGGAACAACUCAAAGCUGAGGGUGGCUACUUUGGCCAGAUCAGGAACACUAAGAAGUCAUCACAGCGUUUGAAGGAUGUGCUGCUAGACCACGAACUGGCCUUGCCUCUGUGUUUGCUUAUGGCCCAACAACGAAAUGGUGUGGUUUUCUUAGAGGGUGGAGAGAAACAUCUCAAACUUGUUGGACACCUCUAUGACCAGUGUCAUGACACGUUGGUGCAGUUUGGUGGCUUUCUGGCCUCCAACUUAAGCACAGAGGACUACAUCAAGCGUGUUCCGUCCAUUGACAUCCUUUGUAACCAGUUCCACACACCACAUGAUGCUGCCUUCUUCUUGUCUCGGCCCAUGUACGCCCAUCAGAUUUUGUCUAAAUACGAUGAGCUGAAGAAAGCGGAGAAAGGCAACAAGCAGCAGCAGAAGGUACACAAGUAUGUGGCAGCCUGUGAGCAGGUGAUGACACCAGUGCAUGAGGCUGUGGUGUCACUCCAUCCAGCCAGGGUCUGGGACGACCUGCGCCCUCAGUUCUAUGCUACCUUCUGGUCCCUCACCAUGUACGACCUGGCCGUUCCACAUGCAGCCUACGAGCGUGAGGUCAACAAGCUCAAGGCUCAGAUCAAGGCCAUUGAGGAGAACCCAGAAAUACCAUUGAAUAAGAAAAAGAAGGAGAAGGAACGCUGCACUGCACUGCAGGAAAAACUGCAGGAGGAGGAGAAGAAGCAACUGGAGCACGUCCAAAGGGUUCUCCACCGCCUCAAAUUGGAGAAAGACAACUGGUUGCUGGCCAAAUCCACAAAGAACGAGACCAUAACAAAGUUCCUGCAGCUCUGUCUGUUCCCUCGCUGCAUCUUCUCUUCCAUCGACGCUGUUUACUGCGCUCGCUUUGUCGAGCUGGUCCACCAGCAGAAGACACCGAACUUCUGUACUCUCCUAUGCUACGACAGGGUGUUCUCAGCCAUCAUUUACACUGUGGCCAGUUGUACAGAGAAUGAGUCUCACCGAUACGGACGCUUCCUCUGCUGCAUGCUGGAGACGGUGACCCGUUGGCAUAGUGACCGUGCAAUCUAUGAAAAGGAGUGUGUCAAUUAUCCUGGCUUUCUGACCAUCUUCAGAGCCACAGGCUUCGAUGGUGGGAACAAAGCGGAUCAGCUAGAUUAUGAGAACUUCAGGCAUGUGGUGCACAAGUGGCACUACAUGCUAACCAAAGCUUCAGUUCACUGCCUGGAGACAGGAGAUUACACCCACAUCCGGAAUAUUCUCAUCGUGCUUACCAAAAUCCUGCCCUGCUACCCCAAGGUCCUUAACCUGGGCCAAGCGCUGGAGUGCCGUGUCCACAAGAUCUGCCUCGAGGAGAAGGACAAGAGACCAGACCUCUAUGCCUUAGCAAUGGGUUAUUCAGGUCGGUUGAAAAGCCAGAAGGUGCACAUGGUCCCUGAGAAUGAGUUUCACCACAAGGAGCAGCCAGCUCGCAGUGCCACCCCUGCCAAUCAACAGAACGGCCCUGGCAGCACAGGCAAGCCUGCCACCGGUACAAGCAAGACGGAGGAGGGGACGUCAGAGGAUGGAGAUAGGGGCAAAGAUAAAUCUCAGGGGACCACAAAGCCAGUGAACAAAGCCAACAGUGCAGCAGCCAAAGUCACCACCAGCAACGGGAACGGUGCUCUCAACAGCACCAAAGCAGUUAAAGAACGGGACGACAAGGAGAAGAGUGGAAAGGAGAAAAAAGAAAAGAAGGAGAAGACACCAGGCAACACUCCCGAGACAAAGGCAGAGAACCGUCGCGAGAAGCAGAGAGACGAGAGAGCAGGGAAGGAGGAGCGAACGGCACGCGAGGGUAAGGAGAAGACCCCCAAGGCAGACAGGGAGAAAGCGAAGGCCGAGGAGAAGAGCAGCAAAGACGACAAGGCCAAAGCCGGCAACGGGGAGCCUGUAGAGCCGUCCAGGGAGCGUGAUGCCAUUAAGGAGUCCAAGAGUAAGGAGAAAGGAGACAGGAGUGCUGUGGCCGGGUCCCUCAAGUCACCAGUUCCCAGGUCGGAGUCUGCUGAAUCUGAGAGGGAUCACAAAAGACGAAAGCUCGACAGUCACUCUUCUCCGUCCCACUCCUCGUCUGUUAAGGACAAUAGCAACGAACCCAAGGAGUCCACAUCCAAGCACCACGUCAACUACAAUUCAGUAGCCCGGUCGAAGAGCAGAGAGAGGGAGAUGGAGAAGAAAGAUUCAGACAACACACAAGGUCGAUCCAAAGAGAAGAAGGAAGAAAAGGAUCGGAAAGACAGAAAAAGAGACCAUGCUGUCAAUGACCGUGAGAUGAGCCAAGAAUCCAAACGGAAAAAGGAUGAGAACGGAACCAAUUCCUUCAAAAACAGCAAGAGCAACAGUCCUUCCUGCGACUCCCCGCUUGGAGCUGAGAAAGAGAAGAGUAAAAGAUCCAAAUCUUCCAGUAAAGAGAAAGCGGAGUCCGUUAAACCUGAGCGAACGUCCUCCGGAGGCAAAAAGGAGUCCAGACAUGAUAAAGAGAAAUCUGAAAAGAAAGAGAAAAGGGACAGCAGUGGAGGAAAGGAAGAGAAAAAGCAAUAUCCUUAAGCGUGACGCCUAAAUCGUAAUUCUUUUGUGUUUUGUACAACACACUGUGAGUAUUUUGGCAUUUAAAGGUGUGCGGUCUUUUCAGUUGUCCACGUUUAUGGGUGUCACUGACAGGUGAAUUAGCUCAUUUUAAAAACAUUUGUUCAAUGUGUGUUCAGUGCAGCCACACGCUGCACCAAUUGUGCUUUCCUCUAACCGUUAUGAGAGAAUUACGUCUGUUUUUAUGUAGUAUGUGUCACUAAACACUGAUGCAAUAACUGCUCAAAAUUGCAGUAGGUGCCAUAUUGAACUGGGAAGUCAGCCAACACGAUUUGCCUGUAAACAUAAUUAGCAUGCUAAUCGGCAGCCUCUAACCAUUCAACUUUGCUAAUUUGAGCAUUUAACUGUUCAUUUCUUUGUUCGGUAGUUGCCGCCGCCUCUGAUUCGUGAUGCAGUAUGUGUCAUUCGGCACUGAUCCGUUACAUACUGGCAAGCAUUUUUGAAGGAUUAAUGAAGUUUUUGUCAUUUCCUGUGAUGCGAACAAGACGGGUCAUUUUGGGGUUGCUGAUCUACACCAUGUUACACUGUGUGGGAUGACACAUUUUUAACACCACAGCCACAACAGUGAAAAAGUAACCGCUUGGAUGUUUCAGAUCCCCACUCUGUUCUGCAACAAAACGUGCCUUUUUGACAAAAAUUCCACAAUGGGUCAGCAUUUCUCUUUGAUUGAUUGAUUGAUUGAUUAAUUUCCCUUAACGAUCAAACUCAUAAAUCCUCUGACAAGCACAGAUAAUGUGCAGUAAUUAGUGAAGGUAAGAUGCAUUCAGCCUCUUAGUAAGCAGCUCUCGAUACGUUUUGUGGUCAGUGCUUCACGUGUUUUCUCUCCUGUCUCUUCCACUGCAGAACUGGAGAAGCCGUGUUUUUAUCUGCGAGACCUGCAGCUCCAUCUGUACGCUGUUGUUAACUUGUACUCUUAUUUCUGCCUGUGUUGUUUUGCUGUAAACUCCCCUCGCAAGUGUUGUUAGCUGUAGUUAUCUCAACUUGCACAUCACCUCAAUAUUUUUCCAUGUCGGUAUACAGCAAACCAACUUUUUUUUCCUUUUUAUUAUUCAGUAUGGGGGCACAAUAUGCUGCUCUAAUGAGUGGAAAAGUGGUUACUGUAUGAAAUGGUCUCUUGAUAACUUCUGGUCAUGGAUUCAAUAAGUUCAUACUUGUUUUUGUUUUUUUUUUGUAUGUUGUCACAUGCUUUGCUUUUUUGCUCGUUUUAUUGGAGUUAACCUGCUUUCCAUACUCACUUACCUCAUAUCCUCUUUGAGAUACUUAGAUAAUUUUAUUUAUUUAUCUCCACCUUUUAAUUCGAGUAAAACAACUGGUGUAAUUGAGGAAAUGAAACAAAGGACCAGUGUGUAUAUUGUGUACAAUAAUAAAGAGAGUAACAUGAAAUUGACAUCAUGUUAUUUUUCUUUUCUUCUUCUUUUUUUUGUUGUUUUUUUUUCUUUUUUUUUUGAUGUUCCUUACAGUCCCUUAGUGAUUUUGUGUUAAUCAGGUUUUUACAUAAUUUAUAAAAAUGUCAGUUCAACCUUGAUUCAAAUGUAGAAUUGUAAAGAAAAAUAAUAAAAAAAAAACAUUCUGAAGCUCUGUACUCCAAAUACAACUGUUUCGAAAAUGACUUUUGGAGAUUUUAUCUGCUGUACUCAAUGAGUGUAAGCUUUUUUUUUAUAAAAAAAAAUGCAAAAACAAAAACCAAUAAAUCUUAGUUUUCCUAGUGUGUCACUUU